AUGAGCUCAACCAUCCAUCCGCCCCCCUUCAACUCUCAUCCUCCUCUAGACUAUCAGCCAUUGACUGCUUAUAAAUUGCCCUCAACCAUGUUUCAAUACGUGAUUGGGCUCCUGGCUAUUAUUCUAGUCUUCUCAAACCCCAUCAGUGACCUCUUGUAUCCAGACCGGGCCACCCGCAUCAACGAUGUCUCACCGCGCCCCAAGUUGAAUGAGUCGCUCCUAGCUAUUGAUCUGCCCAAUGCGACAGCGCCUGAAUGUGCUCCAGAUGGUUAUGUUGCCAGAAUUUUGAGCAGAGAGCCUCUGGUGAUAUAUCUUGAGAAUUUCUUGAAUGGGGAAGAGAGGAAGCAUUUGCUUGAUAUAAGUGAACCGCUCUUUGUACCUUCAACCAUAACAAACAAUGGCGAGGUCACUCAUCGCGACUCUUCAGUCCGUGACUCUCACGUUGCGGUCAUUCCCAGAACUGACCCUGUCCGCUGCAUUGAGUCUCGUGCCCGCGCUCUUCAAGGCUGGCGCCCAGAUCUCUGGAUCGAACGCCUGAGAACUCAACGGUACGGUCCGGGUGGCCACUACAAUCAUCACUUUGAUUGGAGUACUAACACGCGUGGAUGGGGUCGUGUGAGCAGUCUUAUGGUGUGGGUCGAGGGUUCUGAUAGUCUUAAAGGCGGUGGCACCGAGUUUCCCCUUAUCAAGAGGCCAGCGGAGACGGAAUGGUGUCGGUUCAUCGAGUGUCAUGACGAUACGGAGGAACAUAGGGGCAUGGGCGUGACUUUCAAGGUUGUGCCGGGGAAUGCAGUCUAUUGGGAGAACUUUGCGGCAGAUGGUAGAGGGUAUGAAGAGACAUGGCAUGCUGGGCUGCCCGUUCAAGAGGGAACCAAAACUGGGUUGAACAUCUGGAGUUUUGGACGGAUUUAA